CUCCAAAAAUCAAUGGAAAAUAUCCUUGGCUGAGAAUUAAAAUAUAUAUAUGUGUGUGUGUAUCUGUAACUUUUCUUUUCUGGCACCUUUACCAGGGAGAACACGCCUGAAACCUCCGCAAGAUGUAGACGUCGACAUCGUGGAUGAGACCUUCACGCUGAGGUGGAAUGGGAGCCUCGCCUCCGCUGGGAGCGUGACCUUCUCAGCAGAUUACCAAAUACCUGGGACGGUGGAUAACUGGACGGAACUGCCUGGGUGUCAGCACGUUACUGAUACCGAGUGCGACUUCUCUUCGCUCGAGAUGAACGUCUAUGAGCAAAUCAAACUGCGAGUAAGAGCGGAAGAGGGACACAGCACCUCCCCGUGGCACGAGCUGGAGCCCUUCAUCCCGUUUGAGCGAGCUCAGAUUGGUCCUCCAAAAGUCCAUUUAGAAGCUGAAGACAAGGCAAUAAUAAUAAACAUCUCUCCUCCCGGAGCAAAAGACAGCAUCAUGUGGGAACAGGACGUUCUGAGCUUUGUGUACAGCGUGGUCAGCUGGAGGAGCCCGUCAGGGGUGCAGAUGAGGAAUGAAACUGUUUAUCCCAGUUUUAAAAUCUACAGACUCUCACCAGAGACGACGUACUGUGCGAAAGUUAAGGCGGGCCUGCCCCUGCAGAGGAACGCGGCGACCUUCAGCCCCGUGCACUGCGUGAACACCACAGUUGAAAAUAAACUGCCUUCUCCAGAAAACGUGCAAGUCGCUUUGAAAGGUCAGGACUUUGUCCUUACGUGGGAUUACACACGCGAAGACGUGACUUUCCAAGCCCAGUUGCUGAGUGCCUAUUUAAAAAAGAUACCUGGUAGCUAUUCAGAAAAAUGGGCACAAAUACAGGACUGUGAACAUGUGACAAGGACCCAGUGUGUUCUCCCGCGAAGUCUUCACUCGAAAGGAAUUUACUUCGUCCGCGUGCGAGCGUCCCGUGGAAACAGCACGUCCUACUGGUCUGAGGAGGAGAAAUUUGACGUUGAAAGGCUAACUGUCAUCCCCCCUCCGGUCGUGACCCUGAAGCCCGCGGGCGGCAACGCGCUGCGCGUCCACCUGGGCGCCCAGGACCGGUCCGCCUUCCAGCACUACCCGCUGACUUACGAAGUUAGUUUUUGGGAAAACACGUCAGAUGUGGAGAGGACAAUUACAGAGAACGGAGCCGACUUCCUGAUUCCGCACCUGAAGCUGCUGACCGUGUACUGCGUGAAGGCCCGAGCGCUCCUGGAGGACAGCGCGUGGAGCAGGCGCAGCGUAUUCAGCAGCCCCGUGUGCGAGGAGACGGGCCCAGGAAAUGCUCCCAGAACCUGGCUGGUAGCCGUGAUUGGCGCCGUGCUCGCUGUCCCUCUUGUCGUUUACACUGUGACCCUCCUCAUGAGACUGGUCAACUACGUGUUCUUCCCGUCCAGUAAACCUCCUGCCACCAUCGACGAGUAUUUCCCUGAAGAGCCACUGAAGAAUCUACUGCUUUCCACUUCUGUGGAACAAGUUGAAAAAUGUUUUAUAAUCGAAAAUGUAGACAUUGUCUCUAUAGGAGAAGCCAGUCGAGUCAGUGAAGAUCCCAAAAUAUACAAUUCCCAGACUAGCCAGGACUCGGGAAACUACUCCAAUGAAGAUGAGAACAGCGGCAGUCACGCGAGCGAGGAGCUGGGGCGGCGGGAAACGGUGACCGAUGCGCUCUGAGUGCCGCGCGACGCACUGCGAGCUGAGCCGCUGCUGCUCCCGGCGACGCCCGCGGGAUGCUCCCUUGUUGGAAAAGAAGAAACACCCUCGGGUCGCAGGCCCCAAGAGGACGGGCGAGCACUUCACCUGUUUACGAAGGAAGUUCCGGGGACCAGGACAGCCCUCCCGCGCCUCCCCAUUGCCAUGUCCUGAACGGCCAGUCGCUGGGCCCGGCCCAGGGGCCGUCCCUGUGGCGAGAGCUCGGGGCGGCCUGGGCUCCUGUCCGUUCCAGCUGCACGGUGCUGUGUGUGUGACUCGUUCUCCAGUCCCAGAGACAGGGCCGUAUUUUUCAGGAGAUGGUCAGGACCUUUGGUCGUUUCUUCUGAUGCUGAAGCAGACCCUAGGACAGUUCUUUAGAGAAGCCGAAUAGCACUGCCACGGGGAAGUCCUCUGAAAGAAUAGCUUACUCUAGAGAACACCCUGCCCGGCCGCUGGCUCAGUGGGUUGGAGCUUUGUCCUGUGCCCGAAGGUCACUGGUGUGAUCCACAGUCAGGCCACGUGCCCCAGUCGGGCUUGAUCCCCAGUGGGGGGCGUGCGGGAGGCAGCCGAUCGAUGUUUCGCUCUCACGUGGAUGUUUCUCUCUCUCCCUGUCCCUUCCUCUCUCUCUAAAAAUCAACUUUAAAAAGUUUUUUAGAGAAUAUCCACAGAUGCCAGAAAUGUGAUACUGAAAUUUUUCAGAGGAUUCUGUCCAUUCACCCGAGGAAUGCCGGCUUCUGCAUCACGGUUGCCUGUCCUUACACGGUUCGGGUUUAAAACCAGGUGAUCUUUACGAAGCAGUGUGAGUUCCUGAUUCACACCUCAUUAGAACAGUAGCUGCUGAUGAGAAUUUGCAAUCACUAAGGUUAUAGAGAAAAGGGAAACUAAUUAGAGAAGCUGCUCAGAGUUUUUAAGGUAGGGGAGCAUGUAGAGUUUAGGAACAGCGUAUGAAGGAGCCUUGGGACCAGGAGACUCUGCUGGUAACAAGUGGAGUAAUUCAGAAGGAAGGACGCAGGGGACCGCAGUGAAAACUGCUCUUCCUGACACACUGCGGGGCUGUUUGCUUCAUGGCUGCUCCGUGUCGCUUGGUGCCAGGCCAGCUUCUCUGCACUGUCCCUCCCUCUCCGCCAGCACAUACUAGGUACAGUGCCAGUUGUUUAAUAUCCAGGAGAGGGGAAAAUGUAACUGGGAGGAACAUCUAUUGUAAAAAUUAUGUAAUGCUUUUAAAAGGCACCUACAGCUUAUCGUUAUAACGCUUGACAUUUGGGAGUAUUCAUGGAGAUCUUUCAUAGGAAGAGAGUCUGGAAAUUCUAGGGCAAAAUUGUCAAUGUCACCAGCGGCAGCAGGGACCAGGCAAAGGAGAUAAAGCUGCCUAGAGCCUGCUGGGGCGUGUGCACGACUUAGGGCCAGUCUUCUUACCCAGGAGUCUUCCCAGGUAGCAGCUCCCCCCGGGCAGGGCCGUGACUCUCCCCACGACCUUGGCACAUCUGCCGCUCCUCAGUCCAAGCUUCUGCAGGUGUCAGGACGAGGGAGGCGGGGACCCCCUCUGAGAGUUCCCUGCUGGGGAAUCCCCACAGUGACCCGAACGCUCACCUUUUGAUCUCUGACCAGAGACGUUUAGUGGCCUCUGUAGGGUGGAGGUUGGGAACAUGCAUGACCCCAUCACCACGGGCAUCCGUGGUGCCCCAGGCCAGAGGCCUGUCUAGCACGCAGGCGCUGGGCUUACCAGAAAGCUGCUUCAGAGCACAUCCCUCAAAAGAAGGAAGCCUCAACAUCACAGUUAAGACCCCAGUGCGGUUAGGUCCCUAAGACGCGUGGGAGCUUGGCUUCAAGUUAAAGACCCUCCGCAGUUCUCGAGACACAGGCGCCUGGGUGGCACCAGCAGACAGCGUCCCCUGGCGUCUGCCUGCCUUCGGACGGGCCACUGCAGCGCCCCCCCCUCCCCCGCCCGCGCCAGCUUGGCCCGGUGCUUGCUGCAAGCUGGCGGGUUUCUCC